CUCUCAUCGGCUCUCUUGGCUCGUUUUUGCCCCUUUUUCGCUUCCUUGAUUAACAGUCCACCACAUUUCUUUUUAAAGGGCGCAUGUUUGAGCCGUAUCUAAUAAAAAUACUGCCUUCAAUAUUAACAUGCUUUGGUGACGGCGACAGGAACGUUCGAGAAACUGCCGGGGAUACUGCCCGUGCUGCCGUCAAACAUCUUCGCGAAACACCCGACGGCGGUUUGGGAGUAAAGCUAUUUCUUCCUUCGCUGUUGUCUGCUUUGCAAGACAAAAGUUGGCGCACUAAGCAAGGGGCUACUGAAAUGCUUGGAUCCCUAUCGCAUUGCGCUCCUCUGCAGUUAUCGUCGUCGCUUCCGCUUGUUGUGCCCCGCCUAAUUGCUGUGCUGGCGGACACCCACCCUGAAGUGAUCUUUUCUGCCAAACGAGCACUUUACCAAGUCGGCUCUGUUAUUAAAAAUCAGGAACUCCGAGACGUUUCUGAGGAACUUCUGCAAGCCAUUAUUGAUCCCGUCACUAAAAUUCCAACUUGUUUAAAAACACUGCUUAACACAAAAUUUGUUCAUUUCAUUGAUGCGCCAUCUCUUGCGCUGGUCAUGCCUGUCCUUCAGAGGGCGCUAAAAGACCAUAGCACUUCUAUAAAGACGCAAGCGUGCAGGAUACUCGGCAUAAUGGCGGGCCUUGCUGACGUCAAGGAUCUUUCCUACUACUUUGGGGACGUCAUUCCACGACUACAAGUGGCCCUUGUGGACUCCAAUCCGGAAGUGCGAGCCGAGUCUGCGCGGGCAUUGGGGCUACUGGCCUCCGGAAUGGAUGAAAAGAACCUCCACGCCACCCUUUCCUGGCUUGUAGAGACCCUCAAGAAUGGCGCAACUGCCGUGGACCGCUCAGGGGCUGCACAGGGCCUUAGUUUCGUACUACACGGCCUGGACCCCGCGCGAAUUCACGCGUUCCUUCCAGAAUUUCUUGCCAGCGCAGAUGCGGUCAAGGGUGUGGCCAAAGAAGGCUUCUUAAUGGUUUUUUUCUAUUUGCCAGAGGCAUUCGGGGACCAGUUGGCUCCCUUCAUUGGAGCUCUUCUCCCGACUUUACUGAAGGGUCUUGCUGAGGAGGAUGAGAAUGUCAGGGAUACCGCCUUGCAUGCCGGGCAGAUUCUUAUUAAAAAUUAUUCAGACGAGUGCCUCUUGCUCCUUUUGCCCAAUUUAGUGGAGGGUACGCGGAAUGCCUGUUGGCGCACUCGCUUCGGCACUGUGCACUUGUUGGGGGACCUUCUCCGCCAUCUCUCUGGCGCUUCUGCGCUUAAAGGUAUCGGAUAUGCACGUGACGAGGACAGUUUGGCCAUAGUUAAGACGCAAGCCCCCUUAGUUACUCGUUUGGGCGAAGAAUGCACGCGUCGCUUGUUCUCUUUGCUAUUUGUGUUGAGGACGGAUCUAAAUGGCCCAGUGAAAGAAGUGGCCGCCCGCAUUUGGAAAGAUCUCGUUCACAACACUGUUGUACUGCUUAGCGGCAUCCUCCCCGACUUGCUUGACUGCAUAUUGGCGUAUUUAGGCAGUCCCGUGAGUGAACUUUCGUCUAUGGCCAGAGCUUCAUUGGAGGAUGUUGUCCGGAGACUUGGCACCCGCGUCGUUCCUGAGCUUCUUCUCAUCCUUGAAACCAGGUUAAAGGAUCCCGAUCAGCUCAAGCGUGAGGGGCUCUGCCUAGGACUGGCUUGUUUGCUCACUUUUACUAGUCGCGAACAAGCGGCCGGACACAUCAACCAGCUUGUUCCUUUGUGCUUUAAUUGUUUAUCCGAUCCUUCUGCUCUGGUUAGAAAAGCCGCCGCGGGGGCUUUCCCUCACGUUAUAACCUCGCUUGGUCCAAAGCAUUCCAAGAUCUUCUUUUUUCGUCUUCUUGGAAGCUUGGCGGGCGCUAGCAAUACUGAUCUGUUUGUAGAUGGGCUGUGCCAAGUUAUGCUUGUGAAAAGCGAGGCCUUCAUGCCUCAUGUGGCGUCCUUCUUUUUGGAGAGGCCCUUGUCUGCUGAGAGCGGCAAUCUUCUUGCUCAACUUGUUACUCGGGCCGGCGAAGUUGCCUUUCCUUAUAUCGGAUCCCUCUUAGACAAAUUUAUAAAUAAGUGCUCAGAGGAAGAGUCCUUUGUGGAGAACACCAGAGUUUUGUUGUAUUCUUUGAGCGAAGCUGGAGUCGAUAUUGCAAUCGACACGCUACUGAAGAGCAUAAGGUCAGAGCAGCAGCAAAUUAAAGACGCUUCUUGCCUCCUAUUGAGCACCUUCUGCCUUGACAAGCAUGCCGACUGCCGAUUGCAGCGAGCCGACUUACUUCUACAGCUGAUACUACUCUUUGAUUCGAAGCUCUUCUAUUCGCAUGUCAAAUUGGCUGUUGACGCUCUGCUGAUGUCUACUCCCCCAGAAAAUUACGAACUUUUUGUACCGGCGGUUCACAACGGUUUCACUAGGAUCUACAGAAGGAAAAAGAUGUUUUCCGCCUUUUCUUUUGGGAAAGGAAUUGACUCCUUCUUGCCGCUACUCCUUGGCGCUUUGGUUAAUGCUUCCUCGGAUCAUCAGGAGCUCGCUGCGCAGAGCCUUGGAAUUCUGCUCAGGUUAACACCCCUCGCCAAGUUGUCGACAUCCAGCUUCGUCAAAAUCGUCGGUCGUCUCAUCUUUCGUUGUGGGAAUGGCGGCGCUGUGAUGCCUCGUGUUUACACUGUCGAGGCACUGAAGAUCAUCGUUGCUGGGGGAAGCCCUCAACUUAAAAUGUUCGUGUCUCCCUUGCAGCAAGCCUUGGUAAGAUGCCUUGCGGAUGACGAUAAGAGACUGCGGGACGCCUCGCGAUUUGCUUAUGCCGAACUCAACAACGCCAUGACCUCGAUUCUGUGUCCCAAAGACACGCACCUGAAAAUUCUACUCACUACCAUUGGCUCGAUCACUGCGCCAGAGACGCGUGAAUCUUUACUUCUCGUUUUGCUCGAUUUUACUCGGAAGAUUAUCGCCACUGUGAGCGAGAUGUCCAGAGAUCUGCUGUAUAACUUUCUUGUGAAUGCAGUAAGCGAGACUCCUCUCCGAGCCCAGCAAUACUCUUCGCUUGUCCUUGGCGCUUUGCUUGGUGAACUGGAUGCGAGUGUCCGUGCAGAACUCUUUAAGGACUCGAAACGCCUUGCCACCAACAAAGAUGUUUUGGUCAUGUCCGCCUGCCUACGCCACUGCUCUUCUUACAGAGAAAAGCCACUUGGCGAAGUCGUGCGUGCCGCUCUCAAUAUGUUGAAUGUUCCCAGCGCUAGCAACGAUACUUGCUAUACUUUAUUAGUGCAAAGCAUCGUCUGUGCCUUGUCCCAGCUUGAGUAUAAAAAAGCUGUCGCUGAUGCUUUGCGAGAAUGUCUCUUUUUCAUAGAACUUCAGCUUAAAAACGAGAGUACGCGACUGCAUGCACUUCAGACGCUUAAGACUAUCGCUAAAACCUCUCCACAGGUGGUUAAAACAAGGACGUUUUUGGAUUUAUUCGCAGCUCCCCUUCAUGCGUUUGCUUCGGCUCCCGCAUCCACGUUGCAGUAUCGCAUAGCUCAGCGUGUUCUUCAUCACGUUCAAAUGGUGUUAUUAGAGGAGGAUCUCGACAGCCUUGCUACUACCCAGUGGGUCUUAUAUAUUCGCAAUUUUUGUUUGGACGAACAUUGCGAAAAUACCGACGACGAGUUUUGA